AUUAAUUAAUACAUAACUUUCAGGAGCUUCAGGACAACAAUAACGCACACAGGUCCGAGCCUUACAAAAAAAACAAACGAUCGUAAUGGGUGGCCACCAAUCCAAAGCACACAAAACACAGCUUUCAGUCUCUGAACCAAAACCAGCCAUGGAUACCACAACCCAGACCCAAAGCACUGAUUCCACUACUGAACCAGGGCCAGCAUGGUCAGCUCUCCUCGGCGAGAACAACUGGGCCGGCCUCCUGGACCCGCUGGACCUUCACCUCCGAACCCUGAUCCUCCGGUGCGGCGACUUCUGCCAGGGGACCUACGACGCCUUCAACAACGACGCCAACUCCAAGUACGCCGGGUCCAGCCGCUACGGCAAAGCCUCCUUCUUCGACAAAGUGAUGCUCCAAGACGCCGCCAACUACGAAAUCGCCUCCUUCCUCUACGCCACCGCACUCGUCAGCGUCCCGGAGGGCUUCCUCCUCCACUCCUUGUCCCGCGAGUCAUGGGACCGCGAGUCCAACUGGAUCGGCUACAUCGCCGUCACCACCGACGACUACAGCAAGUCCAUCGGCCGCCGCGAAAUCUACGUCGCCUGGCGCGGCACCACCCGUAACUACGAGUGGGUUAAUGUGCUGGGCGCCGAGCUUGAAUCCGCGGCGCCGCUGCUCAAACCGAACACAGUAAACAAUGAGCUCAAACACAGUAGUGGUGAUGGUGAUGGUGGCACUAGUAGCAGUGACGAGGAAGAAGAUGAUGAAAAUGCUAAGGUUCCCAAAGUCAUGAGAGGCUGGCUGUCCAUGUACAUCUCCGACGACCCGAAAUCGGCCUUCACCAAAUCCAGCGCCAGAGUUCAGCUGCUGACCAAAAUCAACGAGCUGAGGGAGAAGUACAAAGGUGAGAAGCUGAGCAUAGCGCUGACCGGGCACAGUCUCGGUGCGAGCCUGGCAGUAGUCAGCGGUUUUGACUUGGUGGAGAACGGAAUCUCGGAUAUUCCGGUGGCGGCUUUCGUCUUCGGGUGUCCGCAAGUCGGGAACAAGGCCUUCAAGACCAGGAUAGGCCAGCACCCGAAUCUGAAGAUUAUGCACAUAAGGAACAAGAUCGAUUUGAUUCCACACUACCCGGGACGGGUUCUGGGGUAUCGUUAUAUAGGGACUGAAGUGUUGAUCGACACGAGGAAGUCGCCGUAUUUGAAGGACUCGAAGGACGCUGGGGACUGGCACAACUUGCAGGCGAUGCUGCAUAUAGUGGCGGGGUGGAACGGAGAGAAGGGUGAGUUCGAGCUCAAGGUAAAGAGGAGUGUGGCUUUGGUGAACAAGUCGUGUGAUUUUCUCAAGACGGAGUGUUCGGUGCCGGCGUUGUGGUGGGUUGAGAAGAACAAAGGGAUGGUGCGGGAUGAAAAUGGAGAAUGGGUUCUGGCUCCGCCGGCGGAUGAGGACCAACCGGUCCCGGAAUAUUGACCGGCAGUGAUGACGGGGUAGGCCAGUCAAUGUUGCGGUAUAUGUAUUGAAAAUGUGUUGAUAAGCUAAUCAAUGAUGGCCAGCAAGAACAGCCAGUAGACUAUCGCCAUCUCUUGUGAUUUCGAUUGUUUGGCUGCUUGUGAUUGUGCAUUUGUAGUUUUUCUACUUUGUUUAUCCACAAAUCCAUGUGCUUACCAAUAAUAGACUAAGGCCAUGUUUGUUUCC